GAGCUUUGUAAAUUUUAUGCAAAUGACUUACACAUUUACAUGAUUUAUGCAUGGUGAUGUUGACUAAUGUACACAUGUCACAAGUAUCAAAUUGACAUUUUAUGGAGAUGAUAACAGCAAUUAUAACUUCUAAACCCGGUUUUGCAAAAUUUGGACAGUGGUGCACUUGGUGUAUGCAAACACAUUGAAUCAUUCUAUGGAAGCCCAUGUGAUAACCCAAGAUAAUACCUGGGCCAGAACAUCUGUAUCGAUUGCAGCCCAGGUAUGCCAUGAAUCAUGAUGAAUUAAUUUCAUCGUUAACAGAUUGGAUGCAACCAAAACACGUGUGUGCAGCCAAACCCCACAACAUGUCCUGAUUGACCCAACAUCGAUUAUGCAGGACAAACAGAAGUUCAGAGAAGAGAAUGAAAAGAGGACUGCCCUUCAACAGGAAUAGAUCAGUAAGUGGAGGAACCAGGUUGAAAACAACAAGGAAUUCCUCAGGAAACUCCAACAGGACAUUCUGCCCACACUGCUGCUCCACGGUUGCCCUCUGCUGCUAGACGAUGACCAGGACAACCAAGCGAAGGAGGAACCUGCACCAGCUCUGCCCACGCUGCUGCUCAACGGUUGCCCUCUGCUGCUAGACGAUGACCAGGACAACCAAGCAAAGGAGGUACCUGCACCCGCUCUGCCCACGCUCAACGGUUGCCCUCUGCUGCCAGACGAUGACCAGGACAACCAAGCGAAGGAGGAACCUGCACCCGCUCUGCCCACGCUGCUGCUCAACGGUUGCCCUCUGCUGCUAGACGAUGACCAGGACAACCAAGCAAAGGAGGAACCUGCACCCGCUCUGCCCACGCUCAACGGUUGCCCUCUGCUGCUAGACGAUGACCAGGACAACCAAGCAAAGGAGGAACCUGCACCCGCUCUGCCCACGCUCAACGGUUGCCCUCUGCUGCUAGACGAUGACCAGCACAACCAAGCGAAGGAGGAACCUGCAGCCGCUCUACCCACGCUGCUGCUCAACGGUUGCCCUCUGCUGCUAGACGAUGACCAGGACAACCAAGCAAAGGAGGUACCUGCACCCGCUCUGCCCACGCUCAACGGUUGCCCUCUGCUGCUAGACGAUGACCAGCACAACCAAGCGAAGGAGGAACCUGCACCCGCUCUACCCACGCUGCUGCUCAACGGUUGCCCUCUGCUGCUAGACGAUGACCAGGACAACCAAGCGAAGGAGGAACCUGCACCAGCUCUGCCCACGCUGCUGCUCAACGGUUGCCCUCUGCUGCUAGACGAUGACCAGGACAACCAAGCAAAGGAGGAACCUGCACUCGCUCUGCCCACACUGCUGCUCAAUGGUUGCCCUCUGCAAGAAGCAGACCAGUACAACGGAGCAAUGAAUGGACCUGUGGCUGUUGCGCCUACGCUUGUCUUUAACGGUUGCAUUCCACAAGAUGCUGACCAACUCAAGGAAACAUUGGAAGAAUGGCCUACCCUCUGCAUCUCACGGGGUUUCUACAAUCCCAGCCAGGCGUCAGGGGAUUCAAGCGUAACAGAACCACCACUUCUUCCUGACAUAGAGCUACCACGCUUUCCAGGGUUCUGCGACAUACAGAGCUUUCCACGGAGUCCUGUGGAGCACGGAGUUCAUCAACACUCUUCUGUUGACCCGGCACACUUCCUGAUGCACCCAAUACCGCUUGACUCCUUCAUAGAACAGUUCCUUCUGUCUCAACGCAGAUCAGCUUCUCCAACGGAAGUAAAUGAGCGUGGACUAGGAGAUUUGUACCAUGAGACUUCGCAGUCAGCAUCAACUCCAGAACAGGCCAGCUCACCACAAGGAGCACAUUCCAAGCUGAACCAUGAUGCAAUGGUCUUGAGGCAGAGUCCCUCCAUCAGACUAAGGGCGACUUUGGAGUCCCUGUCAACUGUCAAUGUCGGUGGUGGAGACGUGAAGACUACUUCUACAGUAGCACCAUGUAGGAAACAGGAGAAGCCUCACAAGUACCGAGAGUUUCAGCAGAAUAUGAGCCACCUGGACUUUCCUGCACUUGACGAGCCUCGUGGACUGGAAGUCCUGAUUGAGAGGAAAGUACCACAGCAGGUCUGGACUGCACCAGACGUUGUGAGAGAUGGGCCACGCGGACUGGAAAUUGCGCUUGAAGAAUCGGCUACAAAAGAACACUUCCACUCCGUUCAGUAUAAUAUACUGCAGAGAUGUCAACUCAAUGGCAUAUUUGGCAAGGCAUCAGACAGCAACAUGGCCGCUGCGUCUUAUCAGGGAAAGAGCCACAAGUCGCCUGCAGCUGAGGGAGGUGACGUCACUGUUCCUCACAACCCUGCUUCUUUCCCUCUGGCACUGCUGACUUCCAGGAUUUACUACAGACUGAUCACUGGAUUCUGCUGACAGAACUGUAGAAGAAAAUAAUUGCGGAAGACUUUGUAGGAAUUUGAGCCGCAAAGGCUAGACACUAGACUGCAUGUUUCACAAGAAGGUCAUUUUUUUAAUAAUUAUAUGCAUGAAUGUGUCAUCAUUGAUUCGCACACAAUGGAAGUCAUGUUCUACGAUUUGGCUACAGUUAUAAACGUAAAUAUCAGGAAAUUGAACUUAAGCCUCAUUCACAAAAGGUGUAAACACUGCUGGAAAAUAUUUUGAUUUAUCUUAUUGUAUUAUUUAUAUAUGGUUUUAUCAUGCAUUGUCAGAUAAACUGAUUUGAAUAUAAUGAUUGAUUUCAUGCAUGUUCCCUAACCACAAAAAUGCGUGUAAAGAAGUACGCAAAAUAUUGCAAAUGAUUGCAAUACUA